AUUCUGAUUGGGGCAGUCAUUGCGAUGGGCUCGGCCGACAGAGACGGCCGCCUGCAUCCUGGCGAUGAAUUGGUCUACGUGGAUGGCAUCCCCGUGGCUGGCAAAACUCACCGCUACGUGAUAGAUCUGAUGCACAACGCAGCUCGGAACGGGCAAGUGAACCUUACCGUGAGAAGAAAGGUGCUACCUGCAGGGGAACCGUGUCCAGAAAACGGCAGAAGUCCAGGCUCUGUGUCCACCCACCACAGUUCUCCCAGAAGCGACUAUGCUACAUACGCUAACAGCAAUCACGUUGCGUCCAGCAACAAUGCUACACCUCCCGAGAGCUUCCCUUCGCACAGCGUGCCAACCAGCGACGUCGUCAUCCAUCGGAAAGAAAAUGAAGGGUUUGGAUUCGUGAUCAUUAGCUCAUUAAACAGGCCCGAGUCUGGGUCGACGAUGGCCGUACCCCAUAAAAUAGGGAGGAUAAUUGAAGGGAGUCCUGCUGAUCGCUGUGCGAAAUUGAAAGUCGGAGACCGGAUCUUAGCUGUGAAUGGCCAGUCCAUUAUUAACAUGCCUCACGCCGAUAUUGUGAAGCUAAUUAAAGAUGCUGGCCUUAGCGUAACUCUUCGCAUCAUUCCUCAGGAAGAGGUGAGCAGCCCAGCUUCCGCACCCAGCUCAGAAAAGCAGUCUCCCAUGGCCCAGCAACACAGCCCUGGGACUCAGCAGAGCCCUGUAGCACAACCAGCCCCUCCACAACCUCUACAGACUCAAGGACAUGAAAACAGUUAUAGGUCGGAAGUAAAAGCAAGGCAGGAUGUCAAACCUGACAUUCGGCAACCUCCGUUUACAGAUUACAGGCAGCCUCCGUUAGAUUAUCGGCAUCCGCCAGUAUUAGAUUACCAGCAAUCCCCCCCUUUGGAUUACCGGCAACCGCCUUUGAUAGACUACCGACAGCAUUCUCCAGACACCAGGCAGUUCCCCUUAUCGGAUUACAGACCACCUCAGGAUUUUGAUUAUUUUACUGUGGACUUGGAAAAGGGAGCCAAAGGGUUUGGAUUCAGUAUUCGUGGAGGGAGAGAAUACAAAAUGGACCUGUAUGUCUUGAGAUUGGCAGAAGACGGGCCAGCAAUAAGAAACGGACGAAUGAGGGUGGGCGACCAAAUUAUUGAAAUCAACGGGGAAAGUACAAGAGACAUGACCCACACCAGAGCAAUAGAACUCAUCAAAUCCGGUGGCCGAAGAGUACGGUUGUUACUAAAACGUGGAACUGGACAGGUCCCAGAAUAUGACGAACCAAACUCCUGGAGUGCCCCCAUUGCCACCUCCCCAGGUCUGUCGGAAGUAACUCUUUCCCCCGAUGACAUUGUCCUGCCAUUAUCUUCAUCGCAUCUCGCCCAGUCCUCUGACCCUUCCCGUCCGAUAAGCCCAGACUCAGCUUGGGAUAUCAAGAGGGAACAUCACGCCAACAAACCAAAGGAGCUUUCGGUCAACGGCCACAGGAAGAAAAGGUUAGGCGAGCAGACGGAGAGAUCUGCAAGUCCUAAGAAGGUAGAUAGGUCAAAACAUGAAGAGGUAUGGAGGAAAGCAAGCUCAGAAGGCAAGAGUAAGACCACCGAGAGUGGAACGCCAUUGCCGGAAACUAAGGCAGGAGGACUCCACCCAACAGCCGAGGACGGCGUCAGAGGACACGAAUGUGCUGGAACCAACGAGGAAUGGGUUGGGAGAUCCAAGAGGUUGGAAAGCAAACGAGGGGGAUCCCUUGGCGCAAAGGAUCCUUAUGUCACGGUGGCUGCAGAGAAGUCAACCGAACACGUCAAGCUGGAUUCCAUUGGUGCUACCAAGGCGUACAGUAGCAAUAGCUGCAGCUCCCAUGGAAGUGACAUGGAUCACAGCCAGAAAGAAUUGGAGAGGAAGCCCGGUGAAUUCCCACGGAAGGGACACGCCCAUCCCAUCCCAACACACUACCCCAACCCCACCGCUCGGAAGGCAACGGUCUCGCCGGGGCCAUGGAAGAUUCCUGGCUCCGAUAAGCUUCCCGGCAUCCUAAAAUCGACCACCUCCGCGAUGAGCAGAUAA